ACUGUACUUGCGGUUGCUGUCUCGCGGUGUGCUGUGGUCGCACCUUCUGCUGCUUCCAAUUUAGAAGUGACUUUUUUCUGCUCCAUUUGUUUACAUUCCUCUCCUUCACUCAAUCUGUUAUUCGGCGGAAAUGUCAAGUGCGAGCUAACAACGUGAAGACGUCCGGGACCACAGGUUGGUCGACAUGCCUUACUACGUGAGCGACGUAAACCCGGACUACACGGCUGCCCUGGGAUUAUUCCAGCACCUCAACACCGAGGAGCUGCAGAAACUACUAAACGAUGACGACCGUGUCGACAGCAUGGUCAAGGACCUCCAACAGGUGAAGAACGCCGAGAAUGAACGCGAGAUGCUCCUGGCGAGCAACAAGAGCCUCGCUGACUUCAACCUGUCCAGGGAGCCCAAGCUAAGGCAGUCGCGUCAGCAGCUGAAGGAGCUGUACGAACAGGCGCAAGAGCUGAUGAACGAAGUGGAGCAGAACAAGAAAACGCUCGAUUCAUUGGGAGGCCAGUCAUCCCUCGAGACAAUGUUGGCACUACUACAGACCUCAGCAGCUCAGGCAGAGGAAGAGUCUGAGAAGGUAGCCUCAAGCUUCCUAGACGGCGAGCGGACGGUGGAGUCGUUCCUGGAAGAGUUUGUGGAAGCGCGCAAGCUGGCACACAACCGUCGCAUCAAGGCGGAGAAAAUGACCGAGCUAUUGACGCGCCGCCUUCCAAGGCCCAUGGGAGGCAGCGUGCCAAGCCGGCCCGCGCCACCUGCACCUGCUUAUCCUCUUCCACCCACGGGUCCCAUGCCUCCCUACCCCACAACACACUAUCCUAUGCCCAUGCCGUUCAUGUGAGCCAUGUCGAGUCAUUCUUUUGGGGUAAAUUUUGAGUUUCCCUGCGAGAAAGUGUGGUCGCAAUUUUUGGCAUGUUGCUUUGUGAAGACACUGUCUUUAGUGGUUUCUGGCAUUGUUGGUUUUGCUAACGAUGUGAUAUUUCUUGGACGAUUUCUUCACUGUUAGUCGGUCGUGAUUCUAGGGGUGUGCAAACUGUAAUAUAAACCAAAUUGAAUAACACUGAAGGAAAUCAGAAUUCAUAUCGAAUACUACUGCUGAAGUAAUAGUGUUUCAACAGUGAACAGCUGUUUCUACAGUGAAUAUGAAAUGACAUGACAUGUGGUAGUGUAGACGCAUCCCGCAGGAGUAUGGCCACUAGCGUGGGUUCGGUCUUAGUGAGCAACUGGGCCGCUUUCACCGUCACCUUGCAUGGCUAACGCUGCCGCACACAUGCGUUCAGACAGCCAAGGUGCUGAGGGCAGUGCGGCAAGUACGUAGUACUGCUCUCAAACAAGUCACAACACAUUGCUGCCUGCGGCAACACCAAGAACGCAGUACAGCGCCAGCUGCAAAAGGCGACGGGAAAGCCUAACGUGGCUAAUCUACGCCACGGGCGAAAGUACAACACAAAGCGUGCCGCGAGCACGUCUCCAUGGGCAAAAGGGUUCACGGUGACACGCUCCUGAGGGAAACAGGCCUUUUGACUGACUGCUGCAUGCUCUCACGGUCUGUGACCACAAGGACCGCUUGCUCAAGCGAGGACAAACUUCGCUCGCAUUGGCUUGAUGAGGUACGAGUCGGUGUAGUUCGACCACACGCGAACACACCGCACCACUCUUCGGCCUAGCGUUCGGAAGAGGCAAAAAAAGAUAAGCGUCUGCUGCAGGUGCAUGGCAUCUUUGGGGAGUCCGAUCGAGCACCAAACAAUGGGAGCCGACAAAUGGGAAAGAAAUGUGUGCUCGCUCUUCAUUGACCAGAGAGGUCUCGACUGACUCAUGACGCGUGCGUGUGAGACGUUCCGGAAGACUCCAGCGCAGCACCAAAGUCGACUACCGCUACCUGGUGAGAGGGGUUAACAUCACUCCCGCUCUCCCAGCGCUGACCGACCGUCGAGAAAGGGAGUCACAUUAGGACAUCAGAACGGCAUAAAUAGGUGAUAAAGCCGGCGCAAAGUAGGUGGGCUAGCCUCAAUUCCCACAACGUUUGGUAUUCACAGUCAACAUGUGUCUCACAAUGUUACACAACAUGAUGCAUUUUUUAGCGAAAUGAUGAUUAGGCUCUUUGUUUGUACUAUUGAAAAAGACUUAUGUGUUUGAUCAUGCUAUGUAAGCUUUUUAAAUUAUUUGUAAACUAUGUGGAAAAUGUUUGUUUUUAUGCAUAGUUACUAUUUUUAACUGAAAGCUACGAAAUUUACACACCUCUGGUCAUGACAUUUCUUGCGCUUUACGUUCAUGCUUUAGAAUGUAAUGUGUAGUGAAAAAUUUUGUUCGUUUAUGCACUGUACCUGUAAUAAGGUUGUGUUUACAUCUGAAAACAGUGCGGGCACCUUGUUUAAGGGCCCUUGACCAGGUUUCAUUGUAAAUUUUGGUUUCCCUCUCGAAGUGUUAAGGCACUGUCUGGGAAACAUUUUACUAGACAAAUUUUUGCAAACCACUUCAUUACUGAAGAAGCUAAAACAAAUUGAACUGCACUAUGCCUCAGCUGCGGAGCAAUAGUAUUUAGGAAAUUAGCUCCUCUCAGUGCAGGUUCACGCGGUCGACCAGAUAACGUCACAAAAACAGGAAUGGUGGUACCUUGUGGUGGUGAUACGGCCAGGAAACAUGUCCAAAAAAGAAACUGUUUGUGUGCUCUCGCCAACGAUUUUUUUUUUUUUUUCAGCAGAUACUAGCAAUCAAUCUCUGGGCACUUAAAUUUUUUUUUUUUUGCUUUUGCUGUAUGCGUCAUUUUUUAGAAGGCCAUAAUAGCGUGGCUACGCAGGGUGUGCCCUUCUGUAUUUGCCAGCCCAAGAACAAGUGCAGGCGUUUCGUAGAAGACUGGAAACAUGGGUUCAAGUCUUGUAGGCACUACGUCAGAAUCACCAAGGGGCUGUCACUGUUCCUGGGAGCUUGGUCACAUACUAAAUGAAACUGGAGGCAUUUUUUCAUUUGGCGGAUGUCAGUAGUGCUUACACCCAGUCGAUCAGUAUCACAGUGUGGUUGUACAACAGUGUAGAGUAGUGCACAAACACUAGUGACAGAUCAUUCAUAUUGUCGUAUGGUCCAGCAAAACAAACAAAUUGUGUUCUAGGACUGUGUGAAUAGCAAAAUUUCAGGUGUGGAGUGAAUUUGAAUAUUGUACAUACGUUCUUAGAAGUGCAAUUGCAGAAAAAAAAAAGCUGGAGAGGAUUCCUAAGCAUGUUCUUAUGAGAUAGCAAUAUUGAAGUGUUUCUUUUGGCUAAGAUGAUGAAGCGCUGACGAAUGAUGUCUUAUCAAGAAUGAGGCAAUGCAGAGGCUGAAGUGUACUUAUAUGUACAUGGUUUGGUCCAACCAAAGUGUUGCCGAAAACACUUGGCACGUGAAUUGCAAAGAUCUUAUUUCCUCAUCCUCUCCUCCUUUUUCAUCUUUUGAGGAAGCCCAGCUGAUGUGGUAGACAAGCUUGUGCUCCCUUUGAGUCUUGAAUUCCAGAUGUAGCUCAUAGAGAAUAUAUAAGAACAUCCGACGUUUUGGACGCUAAAAAUCUUCCGUGUCUGAUAUUUCGAACUUUGUGCCAUACUCCAGGUCCAAAACAGCAUUAAUUUUGCACCUGUCUAUCUACCACAUAUGUCAGCUCCUUGUUUGAGCCAACCUUAAGAAUCUUGAGUCAAUACAUUUGCUAUUUUAGCAGAGCCUGAAAGGCAGCUUUGUGGCAUUAUGACAGUGAGAGGGGGUGAAGCAGAAUGAAAAUCUGAAUGGACUACUGUCAAUUUGCCAUUGACUGUAUUUGUCUUCAGAAAGUUCAAAUAGUAAAAUUCUAGUGCGAAUCAUACUGAACAGCAAACCCUAUUUGAAAAAUAUUCGAAAUGUCAAAUAUUCGCACGCUCUUAGUGUUUUUCUUUUUUUUUCUACUGUACUUGCAUAGGCAAAGCAUAGCGGCAGUCACUAUUCCGGCAAAACCUGUGCUAAAGGGGGCAUAAGGGCUGUCAGUAGAUCUUGUCAGACACACGUCUUUGGGACAAGAAACGCAUGCGGAUGAAUGCUCCCUAUGGCUAUGCUUUGUGUCCCCCUCCGUCAUACGAGGGCAACACGCAUAACCAUUUAGUUGCCUUGGCAACUCGUAGGGUGGAAAUUUUUUUUGUUGGCUGUCCCACCAGAUAACACUAUAGUCGGUCACAACAUCGGGAAAAAAAGUCUCAGCUCUGCUUACUGAGGUUUCUGUUUGUCGCCCGGAGAACUUGUCUCCCAGAGAACUCCAAUAGCGCUUACUCUCUUUGGGGACGUAAGGCAUCUCUGGAGUGUUUCAGACCGUGUGGCUUUCCCAUUCACGCACACUUACGUUCAUAGGCGUGGGUAGAAUUCCCCUUCAGGGGGAGGGGGCGAGGAAGGUUCAUCACAGCAUCCCUUGCCUAUUAUGUCAACGUGUGGGGCUGACUGUGCCCCUCCCUGAGCGGCGGCGCUCCCCCCUCUCUAUUAUUUCAAUGUAUAGCGCUUACUUUGCCCCCCCCCCCUCCCCCCAGCUGUCUAAAGCGUGCGGUCGCCCCUCUAGCAUGGCUAUUUCACAAGGGCUGGGCAGGGGCCUCGCAGUUCUAUGGGCUGAGCUUGCAUUAUAAGUGUGUAGCACUUAAGAAACCCAGCUUGUUGUCCAUCUAUAGAUAUUACGUGGCACGAUUGUGCGCAUCAUCAAGUGGCUGACACAGGCCUAAAACAAUGCUGGCAAUUUUCAAAUGUGCAUUCAUGUAAAUGAAUGCGGUUUGAAAUAAUAUAGAUAACAGGAACAACCAAGAAGUAAUCGCAGCAAUUAACUUAAAAUCAAAAUAACGAGAGACAUUUCAGACAUGCGCUGCAGGUUUCGGUGCUGCUCAAAAGAGGCCAUCGCUAAGCGAGUGAUUGCUCUUCUUACUGGUUCUUCCACGUCGCUACGUCUGAAUAGGGGAAAGAACCUGAUGAAACUCCCUGUAGGUGACACAUAUCUUGGUUGCCGUAACAUGCAGGAAGUCAAUAAAGUACAGCAAAAAGUACCACACCUGUCUCAAACCCUACAAGCUUACCUCUAACAUUGUUGUCAUCAACUAAUUGGUAAACAGAGCAUUGGGAAUUCUACAGGCGGCAAUGGACGGUAACGGAGUGCCCGUGCUACACGAUUCCUCGAGUUGCACAGUUUCGGAGCUGUAUUUAGUGCAGGAAUUACAACUACACCUAUCGCUUUACAAAAAUGACAUUAGAGCUAGAUUUUUUUUCAAAGCCAUAAACUAGUAUAGCGUGAUGGAACAGUGCAUCAUUAUGUGGCAGCCUCAGACAUCGAAGUUCCAGCUUCUAAACGUUUCUUAUUCGGUAGUCUCGGCCAGUGUUCCCCAAGUUUCACACUUCACUUGAAUCCUUCCAUGUGCCAGAGCUGAGGGAACGGGACAUGCUCCGCGUUAAGCCUUCCUUCAUUAAUAUUUUCUCUUUCUGCUGUAUUGCUUUGUAGCAUGUUUUCAGAGGCAGCAUUGCACGUUUAUCAUUGGCUGACAAACCAGAGUUGCUUGCCAUACACAGUGAUGUCUCAAGCAAUGUUUGUGCACGUGACUUCAAUUCUCGUUCGUUUAAAGCAUAGCUUUCUCGAGGAGUGGGCACACACUUUUUUGUUUAAAAUUUCAGCUGCUGCAUGGAGCCACCUCAUUCCUAGCUGAAAAAAUUGCAUGGCCGCCACCUAGGGGAAGGAUAUAAUUCUUCCACACCUUGCCGUUCUUUUUUUUUUAUGUAACAUUAUUUCCUGCUCCUGAGCUACAGUACUGCACUUCUUCAUUCGGAACGUUCUAAUCUGGUUAGGGACUGUUUAUGGGAAGCUGUCAUGAAGUAAACAACUUACGAACCAGUUGAGUGUUUCCUGUAUAAAUUAAAUAAAAAGCUGUUAUACGGCGGACACCCCUCUCCAGUUGGCAAGAAGGCUUAUUGGGGAAUAUGUAAGCUAGCGUGGACCCCAGAAAGGGAACGGUUUUUUAUCUCAGGCAUGUGGUGAUGUAAACGACCCUAGAAACGAGAGUUUUCUUUUACAGAGGUUCUCUAUGCCUGUAUGUAGUGGUGUGUGUGUGUGUGUGUAAUCGCCUGCCUAUUUUCCACAGUUAUGAUCUGUUACCUCCUUUUUUUCGCACUUUCUUCACUAUUCCUUGCAAAGCUGAAAUGAAAGUGUCAGUGUGUGUGCGAGCUUUAGCACUUUUGUUGCUUUUAUCUCACCGCUUUUGAAGAAUCGUCAGAAGUUCAGGCUGCUGCUUUUAUUAUUAUUAAAACUGAAUUUGCAUAAGCAAGUGUAGUUAGUUUACUGUGUGCAUAUAAACGUCGUUCAUACGGUCGAGUUUUCCUAACUGAAAUAAAACUGUGCAGUUCUUCGUGCUUUGACACAACUGGCAUUACUCCUGUGAACUGAACAGCGGAACUCUGUCUUCGUCAAAACCUUUUGUGUUGAAUCUACUUCACUUUUAUGUCCACCUUUUGUUUUCUUCAUGCGUUUCACUUUUGUGUUUUCAUUCAGUGCGCGGUUUGCUUGUCUUGCUACAUGCACUUUACUUGUGUGUUUGUAUAUAUGGAGGGACAUCACUCGAAACAUUAUGGUUUCUUCAUCGUACUUUCGUCUUGAGUUCCUCUAGUUCCUUAUUGUCUACCUUGGAGUCCAUAAGCACUUGUCGCACGCGACAAGUGCUUGUUACGUUGUGUACUAUGCAUGUGGCUUCUAGGAUUGUGCAGUUUAUAGAUUCUAUGCAGUGAAAGAAGGCUGUCACCGCGGACGUGUGCUGACCGUUUCAGGCAUGAGCGAGGACUUUGGAUGUUAGUCUUGAAAUGAUUUGUUUACAAGGUCGUUGUUGUGUGAUCUGAUGCCAUAAUUUGUUUAUUUAAUCUCAAUGGGGUAUGUGCUUGUAUGCCAACUUUGUGCCCUAACCAGACUUGCCAACUUUGCGUUCGGCAUGGCCACUUUAGCUCUAGCUACUCCUUGAAUCGAGUUGACUGAUAGUGUGUACGUCAUAACACUUAGAAAGGAAGGAUGAGUGACAUUAAUGCCUCAUUUGAGCUCUUAGCUUGUGGCACAAAGGCAUUAGGCAACUUUUGUCAGCACCUUGGAGAAAUUAUGUUGCGUAAUGGUGCUGCGUGCAUAUCUGCGUACUUCGAUCAUCUUAGAUUAAAAGAUCUGCCUACUGGCUAGCCAGCGGGUGUACUUUGAGAGGCUGUUUUGUAAACUGUGUGGCGGAGAAUACAGUAAGAUAUCAAUGUCUUGUGCUUGGGAGGCCACAUGGAUAAAUUUUUUACUCAGAGCAUAUCGCAUUUGGUUGCUGCUUGUGUAGAAUGUAGAUGCAAACCUCAGCACUGAAUGCGUAAAAUAAGUAAUUUUAUGCAUGGGCCAACCAUAGUCAGGAUUUUCGAUUAGCCAGGUGUUCAAAAGAAUGCAAAGAUAGUACAAAAGGUUGCAAAAAGGUUGGGCUGAAAUGCACGCAAUGUGAAUGAAAGCGAGUUAUAUUGUGAAAUUUUAUUGUUCAGUGUAUAUUUUUUGUGAUUUUUAACAUGUAACUGCCCUCUCCAGCGUUCGCAAUAGUAGCAACACAACUUCCGUGGUCUUGCUCUCAUCUUACUGAACGAUGCCAAAUUGAGUUUUCUUGUCUUUUUCAUGCAUGCCAAAAGAGAAGUUGUUCGACAAUUGAUGCAUCUUCUCGGGUGCGCACCACUAAAUGGUUGCUGCGAUUGUUUCUUCUCUGACUAACUGUUGAAUGAUGCAAAUAAAGUACUACUAUGGUUGGUGCACAAA